AUGUCGUCCCCAUACAAAGCUCUACAAAGGUGCGUGAAACGUUUCAGCAAAUAACUCAGAAACUGUGGGCCACAAAGACCUUAGACUUGGACAAAUUGUUUAUAUAUUAGUCUUCUCUAACAUUUCAUUUUCUUGGCUUCUUCCACUGGACGGUUUGCAAUUUAUUUUUUUGUUGCGUGACAGUGAAAGUGCUCUAUUGUCAGCGUUCACUGUUUUCACCUUGUCACUGUUGUUAGUGGUCACUGUUGUCACCAUUGACCACUCCAGAAAUACCAUAACAUACCAUAAUGUUCUGUGUUUGUCACCCCAAAAUUUUGCAUAAGCAUUGUUUUCAGUUUCUCUUGGGGCCAUUUUAACUCCCAAGAGAAACUGAAGACAAUGCUUAUGCAAAACUUUGGGGCGACAAUCAAAAAGCAUUAUGGUAUGUUAUGGUAUUUUCUGGAGUGGCCAAUUGUCACUGUUGUCAGCAUUGUCACCGUUGUCAACGUUGUCACUGUUGUGACCGUUGUCACCGUUGUCAUCAGUGUCACUGUUGUCACUGUUGUCACCGUUUUUCACGGGUGUCACUGUUGUCACCAUUGUCACCGUUGUCAACGUUGUCACUGUUUCCUCCAUUUUCACCAUUGUCACUGUUUUCACCUUUGUCGCCGUUGUCACCAUUGUCACCAUUGUCAGUGUUGUUGUCCUUGUGACUGUUAUCACGGUUGUCCCUGUUCUCACUUUUGUUACCAUUGUCGCUGUUAAUGCUGCUGUCGCGGUUUUCACUCUUUUUACUGUGGUCACCGUUAACGCGGUUGUCAUCGUUAUCACUGUUGUCGCCAAUGUCACUGUUGUAGCCAUUGUCACCGUUGUUAUCGUUUCCACUCUUGUCACCGUUGUCUCCGCUGUCACUGUUGUCACCGUUGUCAUUGAUGUGACCUUUGUCACCGUUGUUGCUGUUGCCACUCUUGUCACCGUUGUCACUAUUAUCACAGUUGUCACCGUUGUCACUGUUGUUACCGUUUUCACUUUGUCAACAUCUUUACUAUUGCCUCCUUUGUCACCGAUGUCGCCGCUUUCACAGUUGUCGCUGUUGUUCCUGUUGUCACCGUUGUCAACAUUUUUACUAUUGUCUCCAUUGUCACCGAUGUUGCCGCUUUCACAGAUGUCGCUGUUGUUCCCGUUGUCACCGAUGUCACUGUUGUCACUCUUGUUGCCGUUGUCGCUGUUGUCACCAUUGUCACUGUUGUUGCAGUUGUCACUGUUGGCACCAAACUGCACCACGAUGCACCAAAAGCUUACCAAGUUGCACCAAACUGCACUAAGUGGCAACAAUCUGCAGCAAAAUGCACCAAGUUGCACGAAAGUGCACCAAGUUGCAUCAAACUGCACCAAGUUGCACCAAACUGCACCAAGGUGCACCAAAUUGCAUCUAGUUGCACCGGUCGGUCUGUAACAUGUUGCACUAAUCUGCCCCAAGUUGCACCAAACAACACCAAGUUGCACCAGACUGCUCCAAGUUGCACCAAUCUGCACUACAUUUCACCAAAAUGUUUGCACCAUACUGCACCACGUUGCACAAACAACACCAAGUUGAACCAUCUGCCCCAAGUUGCACCAAACCGCACCAUUCUGCACCAAGUUGCACCAAAGAACACCAAGUUGAACCAAGUUGCACCAAUCUGCACCACAUUGCACCAAAAUGAACCAACUUCCACCAAAAAGCACCAAGUUGCACCAAACUGCACCAUGUUGCACCAAACAACACGAAGUUGCACCAAUCUGCACCAAGUUGCACCAAUGUUCACCAAUCUGCACCAAAAUGAACCAACUUCCACCAAAAUGCACCAAAAUGCACCAAGUUGCACCAAACUAUACCAACUUCCACUAAACUGCACUAAGUUGUACCAAUCUACACUACGUUGGACCAAAAUGCAUCAAGUUGCACCAAAGUUUACCAUGUUGCAUCAAUCUGCACCAAGUUGCACCAAUCUGCACGAACGUGCACCAAACUGCACCAAGUUCCAUUACAUUGCACCAAACUGCACCAAGUGGCACCAAUCUGCACCAAGUAGUACCAAACUGCACCAUGUUGCACAAAACUGCACCAAGUUGCACCAAACUACAGCAAGUUGCACCGAUCUGCACCGAACUGCACCAAGUUGCACCAAGCUACAUUAAGUUGCACCAAUCUGCACCAAGUUCCACCAAACUGCACUAAGUUGUAGCAAUCUGCACCAAUCUACACUACGUUGCACCAAAAUGCACCAUAUUGCAUUACUCUGCACCACAUUGCACCAAACUACGCCAAGUUGCACCAUAAUGCACUAAGUUGCACCAAACUGCACCAAGUUGCACGAAACUGCACCAAUCUGCACCAAGUUGCAUUAAACUGCACCAUGUUGCACCAAUCUCCAACAAGUUGCACCAAACUGCACGAAGUUGAACCAAACUGCACCAAGGUGCACCAAUCUGCACGAACGUGCACCAAACUGCACCUUUUUGCACCAAGUUGCACCAAUCUGCACCAAACUGCACCAAGUGGCAGCAAUCUGCACCAAGUUUCAUGAAACUGCACCAGGUUGAACCAAACUGCACCAAGGUGCACCAAUCUGCACGAACGUACACCAAACUGCACCUUUUUGUACCAAGUUGCACCAAUCUGCACCAAACUGCACCAAGUGGCAGCAACCUGCACCAAGUUUCAUGAAACUGCACCAGGUUGAACCAAACUGCACCAAGGUGCACCAAACUGCACUAAGUUGCACCAAAAUGCACCAUGUUGCACCAAACUGCACCGUUUUGCACCAAACUGCACCUUUUUGCACCAAGUUGCACCAAUCUGCACCAAAGUGCACCAGGUUGCACCAAUCUGCAUCAAGGUGCACCAAUCUGCACCCAAGUUGCACCAAACUGCACCAAGGCUCACCAUGUUGCGCCAAACUCCACCAAGUUGAACUAAACUGCACCAAGUUGGACCACGUUGUUCCAAACUGCACCAAGUUGCACCAAGGUGGACCAAUGUGCACCAAGUUCCAUUAAGUUGCACCAACCUGCACGAAGUUGCAUCAAACUGCACCAAGUUGCAUCAAUCUGCACCAAGUUCCAUUAAGUUGCACUAAGUUACACCAAUCUGCACGAAACUGCACCAAGUUGCACCAAACUGCACUAAGUUGCACCAAAAUGCACCAUGUUGCACCAAACUGCACCGUUUUGCACCAAACUGCAGCAAGUUGCACCAAACCGCACCAAGUUGCACCAAAGUUCACCAUGUUGCACCAAACUGCACUAAGUUGCAUCAAUCUGCACGAAGUUGAACUAAGUGAACUAAGUGGAAUGCCACUAAAAAGUGGCAUUCCACUUAGACUUCGCUAAUCUACACUUCUGAUCGCAUUCUCACCACAAUUGACCAAAAGAAAACAUCAGCUGUAGUUCUCCUUGAAAAAUUAUAAGAUAUUGGCCUGUCACCCUCUGCCAUCCUGUGGUUCAAGAGCUAUUUGUCAAACAGGUACUAAGCUGUGCGUAUAAAUACUGCUCUUUCCGAACCCUGCUUAUGAGGUACGGUGUUCCCCAAGGAAGCAUCCUCAGUCCGUUGCUCUUUACGGCUUACACCAAUGACUUGCCAUCAAUCCCACAACACUGUUCCGUGGACUGCUACAUUGAUGAUACUAAAUUGCUUAUGUCAAUCCAAGUGCAGGACUGUGAACCGACUAUGGCCGCACUGAACGAUGAUCUUAUUAAACUACGUAAUGGGUCUUUUAAUAAUAGGCUACUCCUGAACCCGGACAAGACUAAACUGAUUGUUUAUGGAAGUCGGCAAAUGAUAUCGAAACUUCGGGAUUUUCGCCUUACCCUCUUGGGUAAAGAACUUUUACCUGCGACUCUGUUAAGGACCUGGGUGUAGUGUUUGAAGGUAAACUCUCAUUCAACGACCACAUAAUUAAAACAGCAUCAUCUAGUAUGUCUGCCCUAGGGCAAAUUAGCCGAGUUAAACAUAUAUCUAGAAAAGACAUACUUGUUACAAUAAUUAAUUCUCUCGUCUUGAGUAAGUUGUAUUACUGCUCAUCCGUCUGGUUGAAUACUUCUGCCAGCAAUAUAUGCAAACUACAAGGAGUACAGAAUUUCGCUGCUCACAUAGUUUCUGGGACAAGGAAGUUUGAUCACGUAUCUCCACCCCUGAAAGACCUGAGAUGGAUACCAGUUAAGUCCCACCUGUAUCUAAGAGACGCCUUUUUGGCCUUUAAAUAUAUGACAGGUCAGGUACCAAACUACCUCAGUUCAAAUUUUAUCUCCAGAGGGAAUAGCAGUGGUCGGACGACCAAAUCAUCUUCCCAGCUUAAUAUACCGCUUUUGAAAACCAAGUCGGGACAGAGAUCUUUUUAUUACAGAACUGUAACAUUGUGGAAUGCGUUAAAACCCCAUUUUAAAUUAAGUGAAUCUCUUACCAUUUUCAAACGUAAAAUGAAAGCCUUCCUUUUAAAUCAAUUUUUAAUUUCAUAAAUUUAUAUGUAAAUAGUAUCUUAAUAGUUUAUUGAUAAUCAAUUUGUGAUGUCAUAAAUUCUAUUUGCAGAUAGUUUCUUAAUAAUUGUUUAUUGACAAUUGAGUAUUUUUUAUUUUUUUAUUAUAUAUUUAUUUAUUUAGUUGUAUUAUUAUUUUUUUUAUUACCUGUACUAUUAAUAUUUGUCUCCGAAAAGCCCCCAUGGGGAGUUGACAAUAAAAUUUGUAUUGUAUUGUAAGUUGCACCAAUCUGCACUUAGUUGCACCAAACUACACAAAGUUGUUUCAUAAUGUUGACAGGCCAUACACGACUCCCUUUGGUCAAGUUGUUGUAUAUCCUUGACCUUUAGGCUUCGCUUCAUGAUUUGUGUUGUUCAUAAUGUCGACAGGCUAUUCACGUCUCUCUUUGGCUCAGUUGCUGUUGCUUUGACCUUACCUUCAUAGUUCAGCUCUUACGAGUAUAUCUUGUAGUGACUUUCCUCUUUUGUAAGAUAUUAUGGGAGGGUCUUUAAAGAUUUCUCUAAGCAACGGUUGGUUUUCUAUAAGAUACCAUUUGUGCAUGACGAUUUCUUUUUAGGUUCUGUACUGAGGGGCGAUAUUCUGUCAAGAAUGGUAGUAUUUUCUUGUGCGUUUUUGUUUUGUUUUGCAAAGCCGACAUUCUUUCGUGAUGCUUGACUUCUGAUAGGUGUUUAUCUAUCACUUUAUCUCUAUAACCUCUCGUACGGAGUCUUGAAAUUAGUUAUGUUGUCUUCAAACAUUUUCUCAGAAGAGUUUGUUCUAAGUGAUCUUAAGGCCUCGCCUUUUAUGAAUCCUUUCUUAACCCCUGGAGGGUGACAUGAAGAGAAAUACGUGUAUUGGAAAGUUUCUGUCAGUUUGAAAUGUGUACGCACAUGUAGGAUUGAUUCCUUCUUGAAUCUUUCUCCUUUGUAAAUACAUGUAUCUGGAAAGGCGGUUUCUGUUUCUGAAACUUCAGCAGUAAAUUUUAUGGUCGGGUGGUGGUUAUUUGCUAGUUCGAUGAAUGAGUAUAUUUCUUCUUUGUCUACAUACCACAAUGAGAAUAUGUCAUCAAUUAAUCUCUUCCACACUAGUGGUUUAUGUGGACUUUUGUUAAUAAUUUCUGUCUGUAUUGCAGACAUAAAAAUGUUAGCAAAUGCAACUGCCAUUUUUGUUCCCAUAGCUGUACCUUGUACUUGGAGGUAGUUUUUUCCAACAAAUUGCAAAGAAUUCUUCCUUAGGAUUAUUCUGAGCAUAUCUGCGAGGUAUUGGCUGGGUAUUGAAGGUUUGUUUUGAUAGAAUGUUUUGUAUGCUUGGCAUAUAAUGGUAAUUCCUUUCUCCUGUGGGAUGUUUGUGUAUAGGCUAGUUACAUCCAUAGAGACUAGGGUAGCAUUUUCUACGACCCUGGUUUUCUCUAUGAACUUAAUAAAGUUUGUCGUGUCUUAAAGAUACGAUUUUUGCGAUUCAGCAGUUGGUUGGAGGAGACUAUCAACAAAUGAUGAGAUUCUUUCCGUCGGGCCUUCGUAGCCCUAUAUGAUCGGUCUUCCAACUGGUGUUGGUUUGUGAAUCUUUGUGAGAGUGUAGAAUUGUGGUAUUCGCGGUGGAUUUGGCAUGAGGGAUAGCCAUCGUCUUGUCAUCUUGUCUAUAUGUUUCUCUUUGUAAAGUUUAUCUAUCAAUUUCUUGACCUUUCUGGAGGGUUCUACUACCAUUGGUGUUUCUAAGGGUUUGUAGUUUUCUCUGUCAUCUAAUUGUGUUUGACCUUCUUUUAUUUUGCCUUCUUUUGAGAACAACAGUAGAAGAGGCUUUAUCUGCUCCUGUAAUGUUGAUGUUCGCGUUUUGUUUUAGUUGUGUGGGGGCAAGUUUUUCUCUCUUGGGUAGAUUGUUUCUCGGCGUGAUUGUAUUUACAUUAGCCAGUUGUAAUUUAACUUCUUCUAGGUAUGUUUCUAGUGGCUGAACUGAUGGCUGAACUGGUGGCUUCCAGUCUGACUUUACAUGAAAGGGGUUUUGCUCUUUAUCUUUUCAAUGAAAGAUAUAUUGUGGAUGCAUUCGUCUAGGAAAAGCAUUGAAAUCUUUAAAUAGUUCUGCUCUAAUGUGACCUGUGUUUGUCACCGGUGUGGGGAUAAAUUUAAGACCCCUUGACAGAACAUUUAUCUGAUCGCGUAUCAUUUUGUAAUCUGAGAGGUUUUUGAUAUGUUUCUUUCUUGCUUCUGUUAUGUUCUUAUCUAAAUUGCGCUAUUUUUCGCCUCCGUUCAUUGCGUUUUUUGGUUGACCAUGACCGCUUUUUCUUUCCUCUUUCCCUUUUUAGAUAAUCUAUAUUCUCAAAAAACACUCUGGGAUAAGAUUCACUUUGUUUAUUUUCUUUAGCAUUUUGUUGAGGUCGGCUAUUUCUUCUGGAUAUCCUCUACUUUCUGUUCGUGACUGGAUUGUAGAGUAUUAACUCUUACCUUAUCUGACAUGUCUUUCCUCUUUUCUUUGCGUGAUUCCAGCCCUAGUUUUACGAGUCUAGAUUUGCUCCUAUCGACUCUACGGUCGUGAAACUUAACGAGUGCGCCUAAAACUUUUCGUUAUGCGUCUUUUCUAAUCCAGCUUAUGUCUCGUUUGAAUUCUUCGUCCCGGGCAAUGUUUGCCCUUGCGUUAUAACGCAAAGUUUUUGGACAUGUAUUGUCCUCAAUAGGUUUCUUCAGUUUGGUGAUGGAUUCUGUGGACUUUUGUAUCUUGUCCGUAAUGGUGUUUUCAAGCUCUUCUGUAGUAAGGUGCUGUGUUUUAAAUGGUAUGUGUUCUUUCUGUUCACGAGAGUCAUCAUGAUGAUGUUUCUGUGGACCCGUUUUGCGCAGUUUUUGGACUUGGCACCAUUUUCUUAUCAUUGGUGUUUGGCUUUUUCACCUUUUGUCUUUUGGCUUCUGUGGGGUCGCCAUUUCUUCUCUCAGCAUUGUUAGUCUUUCUGUUUCUUUGCAAUGGCUGAUCCCCAUUUUAAUGAAGGUUUGUGUUUUUGCGCCUUUCUGUUGACAUUUGUCCACACGGUAUGUCUUCGUCAUCCGAAGCUAAUAGGCUUUCUUCUGCGGGAUCGUUGGCUAUAUCAGCGAGUAUUGAAGGGCUUGUUGUAAGAAGUGCUUCUUCGUUUACUAGUUUGUUAUCUGCCAUGAUGAUUUCGAGAGUAAAUUCUCAAGCAAGACUCGAGUUUCGCUCCUUUCAGUGGACCUCAUCAGUUGCUACUAUGGUAGGUUAUGUUACCUUUAAAAGCAUUCUGUUACAAUAUAAGGGCCUAAAGAAUCAAUGGUUCGUGCAUUUCUUUUUCCAAAAAAGAAAAGCCUCAAAGUAGAGUAUUACAAUACGUCUCCGUAAAAUACUGUAAGCUGGUUUGUAGCAAAAACUCUGUAUUGCAGUGUCUCUUGUUUUUAUAGUUUGACAACAAACAUGUCAGUAAUUAAUUUAAAACAUUUAAAUCACUUAUCGAUAUCGUACAUUACAGAAAUGACGAUCCUCAUUGUAUGUCUUGGCAGUUGCUCUGCCAACGUUUGUCCUCACACGUUUGGCAAAGAGGGUGUUUUUCCGGUUGAAUUCAAAAUAUAACGUGUGUAGUUCUUGCGGUAUAUAAUGCUCCUUUCCUGUCUCAGUCAGACAAAACACUCCUGAGCAAUACUUUCAAAUACUUGCUUCACUAGUGAACCAUACUCUCUUCUCAUGGUCUCUUUGGAAACUGUUCAGUCGGGUUGAUUUCAUGAGUGCAGUUAUGCACCAGCAGAAACAACUAAGCUUAGCUUCAACCAAUCUCGCUGUGUUUCACUCAGCAGCGUUUACGCUCUCAGCAUAAAAGGAAGCAUUAUGCGUCAUGUUUAAACUGAUGGCAGUACGAAGUGUAAACAUUUCCAUUAUCAUCUCAGAAAUUUCCAUUUAAAAGGAGGUCUUCAAACGAAAACGCAACAUACAAUUGACAAAAACAAGAGCGCAUUUUUAUCCACCACUUUGCUUCUCCCAGAAUUCCGCUGCAGUCGCAAGUUAAUUUCCAUUGUUUCUCGGCCCCGCCCUCGCAACGCCUCUAGACCAGUUAGUCAAGUGACCAAAACACAACACUUACAGGGGGCAAUAACGUGGAGGAAAGUGCUGUAUUAUUUCGCUUUUCUACGUUCUUACUUAGUAAUGGUCCAGUACAUCAAAUCGUUUGGCAGGGAGCAAUCAUAACAACAUAAACAAAGUAUAGUUUUACGGACCAGAGUUUGUACCCUUUUUCAGAAACAAUUGUCCAGGACUUUCCCACUCUUCAGGUUGAAUAAACAGAAAGUAAAAUAGCGACAAAUUGAUUGAGCACUAAAUUCUCAGAAGUAACAUAAGAAAUCCAUGGUGGAUAGUUAGUAGAAUUAUUAUUCCCAUCUUGGGAUUGAAAGUUUCUAGUAGUUGUUUGUGACGUUGCAUUAUAUUUCAGUUUACGGUUUGAUUAUCGUCAAUAAAAUCACCAUCAAGGACUAGCUCCUAGUUUUGUGGUCAUAGUUGAUUCAUGAUCGACCAGUAAAAUAUACCUGCUCACACGGAGUUUUGCCGCCACAAAUAGUUUUAGCCGCGUGACAAUUGGCUUCUCCUACAGCUGCUGGAGCUUUCCAUCCAACUGCUCAUCAAUGCCUUUCAAGGCUGCCCUCUUUUCUUUGGCAGAUCUUCGCAAACUGUUUGAGUUGGCCACCCAAUCAAGGUUUCUUGAAUUUUCCGCCUUGUCAGCAAAUUCAUGUACAGUCUUCAGAAGAGCCCUUAUACCAUUUCCAGCUGUCAUUUUUCUUAAGCUCAUAGCAAUUUUUUCUGGGACACUUAACUUUUCUGCGCUUCUAGAUAGGAAAGAUACUUCUGUCAAGGUCCAGAUGAUAUAAGAAGUUGCUUUCAGAUUUGUCAAUUGACAAGGCCUCAAACUGAUUAAAUGUGACCAUGAAUAAUCCUCUGGGCACUGAACGAUCUCUCUGACAGGUUCUCAACUGCCACUUAUUGUUUACAGCAAAGCCUCUAUUAACUGUGGAUUGACCAUGAGACAUAGGCAGCAGUAGUUUAACCACACUCACUGACACUUUAGCUAGGUGCUUAUUACCAGUCAUGUGUUCAUACAAUAGUGAGUCAACUCUUGAAGGGUUCACUUGGGUCAAAAUCUUCAAAGACAGGAUUACCUCCACGUUCAUAUAGAAACUGUCCAGACUGAUAUAUCUCCUUAUCACACUCAUUAGUUUUCAAUCUGUGGGCUUCCAGAAGAAUUUCAAGAACUCUUUUCAUUUUGCUGACUCAUGUUUCUUUCUCUCUUGCCAUUAGCAUAUUUCUUACUAGUCCAUAAUUUAUUGGUGUUUUGUCAAGCAGUUUAGAAGCUGUUUCUGCACGAAAAUCUGUACAUUCCAUUUUGAAUUGAAGAACUUGCCUUUCACAAAUUUCUCAGACUUUUCUUUCAGCAUCUGUUGUGCCACAAAGCCAACAUCAGCUUUCUUGUAGUCUAACUGCUGUUGUUUAUUGGUAGGCUUCAAUUUCAGGAUCGUCAAAGGAGAUGUUGCAUUUCCUUAAGAUGAAUAUGCUUCUUUCCCUUUUCGCAGCUUUUCAGCGCUGAUUCUCCCAUGUUUGAUACAUCAAAUGCCUUCGAACAAAUUUUGCAUUUUGCUUCAAACUUGUCUAUGUCACGUUCCAACCACAAUUUAUAGGAAGAGUUUCCAACCAAUGUUUAAAACUAAAGACACUCAUCGACUGAUGUAUAGGUCUCCAACUUACGAAAUCAUGCAUAUCUCAAGGUUACUAAGGGACUAUGACAAGGAAAAAACAUAAAAGAGAAAUAUUUAUGUGGUCAAAACCACAGACGCAUAGCAUGUUAUAAUUAUAAUGAUCAAAAACGUUUUUUUAUUUGUUUUAAGGAAAACAUUAUUACUUUAUUCAGUUUAACAGAUUUCCAGGACUUUCCAGGAUUUCCAGGACCUGUAAAAACCCUGAUGCACUUUCGAUGUACAAAGCUCGAAUUUCUGUCUGGAAGGUAAAACCUAAAUAGAUGACUGUACAAGCUACAUGUAAGCUAAGUGUUGAAGUUUAUGAUUGAUUGUGUUUCUGUCAAUAAUAGCUGGAUAUAAUUCGAUGGUAAAUACAGCUCAGAGGUUGUGUGCUGGCGGAAUAACUUAUCGUUGGUUGCUCUUAAAAUCUGGGUCAGUAAUUUGCAUGGGAAUUUUUUCGAUACACCUUUAGGCUUUUAUUAACGUUUUUGCCCUAAUUACCAGAAAAUUGAAAUAAAUGUUGUGGCGGCAAUAAUUGUUUUUUUUCUCUCUGCAACCUACCUGUUUUGAUCUUAGCUACUUGGAAUGUCUUUCAAUUUCGGACUCUCACAAAGCAGUAGAAAAGAGACCUACUUUGUUAAUUACAUUUUGUUCGGGGUUCAAAGGAGAUCAGCUUGACAGCUUGCUAGUCCAGACAGUUGUGUCCAAUACUGUACACAUGAUACGAGUGGAAAAACACUUUUCACAACUUGUAUGAGUGGACAAGUUGUCCCGACUCGACAGACAGAGUUAGCAAGUGUAAAGUAAAUCUCAUUAGUUUACUAGGGACGGCAACUAAGUUGUCCAGUCGUACGAAUGGACAAGUUGUCUCGACCUGACAGACAGAGUUGUUGAGUGGAAAAUGCAUUUCAUUAGUUAACUAGGAAUGGCAACUAAGUUGUUGAGUCAUACAAGGGGACAAGUUGUCUUGACCCGAAAAGACAGAGUUGUCGAGUGGAAACUCGUUCUAUGCGAACAGAUGCGAAGGAACAAGCGCCCUACACACUGUGUAUGCCUUGUUCUAUAAACAACGAUCCGACAUAAGCCACGCGAAGGAACAAGCGCGCUUCACACUGUAUAUUCAUUGUUCUUUCAACAAAGAUCCGACUUAAACCAUGCGAAGGAACAGGCGCCCUACACGCUGGACCCUGUAGGAUGUCAACAGAGAAAGGAGCACAGACUGAAAAGAAGUCAGUAUUAUAAUCCUGGACCUAAUGCCGUGUGA